AUGCCUGCCGAAAAGAUCCCCCGCCGCUCGACCCUUCUCGCCCGUUACACCUCGCUCAUCGAUAAAGACCUGCCCCGAGCGGCUACGAGCAGGUCGGACGCUCAACCUCGAUGGCCCGUCCACCUGAACCACUGUUUCGGCCGGAUCAUACUCGACCAUAUCUGUGCAAGACCUUGGAAGGAGGUCAUUGAGCCACCCGCGGUGAGGAACAUGACACCGGGUCAGCUUGAGCAGGCGGUUCAAGUCGGGGAGGGGAUCUUGAGUGGAAAGGUGGACCUGGAGAGGCUCAAUCGGGAGAGUCUACAAAUGAGGGCGAAGAGCAGGACUGGACACGAACGCAAGAGCAAAGUAGACGAGAGGAUGAAGCACGCCAUACAUGUUGGAUCCGAAAGCCCCACCCGUUCCCAUCCCGCAACCUCUAUCGGUACGGCGACAACGGAAAUUCAAGAGGCGGACCGACUCCCGCUGGACCCCGACCAAGUACAAGGCCGGCCUUCUCCUCGCGAAACUCGAAAGACCAUACGGGAUUACUUCUGUAGAAAGUAG